ACCCUUGCGUGCAGCGGAGACAGCGGGGACAGCCACAGGAGCGUGAAACAGCAUGUCUGACAAAAUGUCCAGCUUCCUCUACAUUGGGGACAUCGUGUCCCUGUACGCGGAGGGCUCGGUCAAUGGCUUCAUCAGCACCCUGGGGUUGGUGGAUGACCGUUGUGUGGUGCACCCAGAGGCGGGGGACCUUGCCAACCCACCCAAGAAGUUCAGAGACUGCCUUUUCAAGGUGUGCCCUAUGAAUCGAUACUCUGCCCAGAAGCAAUACUGGAAAGCCAAGCAGGCGAAGCAGGGAAACCAUACUGAGGCCGCCUUGCUGAAGAAGCUCCAGCACGCUGCAGAGCUGGAGCAAAAACAGAAUGAGUCAGAGAACAGGAAACUUUUGGGAGAAAUCGUGAAAUACAGCAACGUUAUACAACUACUACAUAUAAAAAGCAACAAGUACCUGACCGUGAACAAGAGGUUGCCUGCUUUACUGGAGAAGAACGCCAUGCGUGUGUCGCUGGAUGCUGCAGGGAACGAAGGGUCCUGGUUCUACAUCCAUCCCUUCUGGAAGCUGAGAAGCGAGGGUGACAAUAUCGUCGUAGGAGAUAAAGUCGUUCUGAUGCCUGUGAAUGCCGGGCAGCCUCUGCAUGCCAGCAACGUGGAGCUCUUGGACAACCCGGGCUGCAAAGAGGUGAAUGCUGUUAAUUGUAACACUAGCUGGAAAAUCACUUUAUUCAUGAAAUUCAGUUCCUAUCGAGAGGAUGUAUUAAAAGGGGGUGACGUUGUGAGACUGUUUCAUGCAGAACAAGAGAAGUUUCUGACUUGUGACGACUAUGAGAAAAAACAGCACAUUUUUCUUCGGACGACCUUGCGUCAAUCAGCAACUUCGGCCACCAGUUCUAAAGCACUCUGGGAAAUAGAGGUGGUUCACCAUGAUCCAUGCCGUGGAGGUGCAGGACAGUGGAACAGCCUGUUCAGGUUUAAGCAUCUUGCAACUGGGAACUACUUAGCCGCAGAGCUUAAUCCUGACUAUCGAGAUGCUCAAAAUGAAGGAAAGAAUGCGAGAGACGGGGAGCUUCCAACGUCAAAGAAAAAGCGCCAGUCAGGGGAGAAGAUCAUGUACACCUUGGUCUCAGUCCCACAUGGAAAUGACAUCGCAUCCCUUUUUGAACUUGAUGCCACAACUUUGCAGAGAGCUGACUGCCUGGUGCCGAGGAACUCCUAUGUGCGGUUACGGCACUUGUGCACCAACACGUGGGUAACAAGCACCAGCAUCCCCAUAGACACAGAGGAAGAGAGGCCAGUCAUGUUGAAAAUUGGGACCUGCCAGACCAAGGAAGACAAAGAAGCCUUUGCCAUCGUGUGCGUCCCGCUGUCUGAGGUCCGAGACUUGGACUUUGCCAACGAUGCCAACAAAGUGCUGGCCACCACGGUGAAGAAGCUGGAGAACGGCAGCAUCACUCAGAAUGAGAGGAGGUUUGUGACAAAGCUGUUGGAAGACCUCAUUUUCUUUGUGGCCGAUGUGACCAACAACGGACAGGAUGUUCUGGAUGUGGUCAUCACCAAGCCAAACCGGGAACGGCAAAAACUAAUGAGGGAACAGAACAUACUGGCACAGGUGUUUGGGAUCCUUAAAGCGCCUUUCAAGGAGAAGGCUGGAGAAGGUUCAAUGCUGAGGCUGGAGGACCUGGGCGACCAGCGCUAUGCCCCAUACAAGUAUGUGCUGCGCCUCUGCUACCGCGUGCUGCGACAUUCUCAGCAGGACUACAGGAAGAACCAGGAAUACAUCGCUAAGAACUUCUGCGUCAUGCAGUCUCAGAUUGGCUACGAUAUUUUGGCAGAAGAUACGAUCACAGCCUUGUUACACAACAACCGCAAACUAUUGGAGAAACACAUCACGGCCAAAGAGAUCGAGACCUUCGUCAGCUUGCUCAGGAGGAACCGGGAGCCGAGGUUUCUGGACUAUUUGUCUGAUCUGUGUGUGUCCAACAGCACGGCCAUCCCAGUCACACAGGAACUCAUCUGCAAGUUCAUGCUAAGCCCUGGCAACGCAGACAUCCUCAUUCAGACGAAGCUGGUGUCCAUGCAAGUGGAGAACCCCAUGGAGAGUUCCAUCCUUCCCGAUGACGUUGACGACGAGGAGGUUUGGCUUUACUGGAUUGACAGCAACAAGGAGCCUCACGGCAAGGCCAUCAGGCACCUCGCCCAGGAAGCCAGGGAAGGCACCAAAGCGGACCUAGAAGUUCUGACCUAUUACAGGUACCAGCUAAACCUCUUUGCAAGGAUGUGCUUGGACCGCCAGUAUCUGGCCAUCAACCAGAUUUCAACACAGCUGUCUGUAGACCUGAUCCUGCGGUGUGUGUCUGACGAGAGUCUGCCCUUUGACCUCCGAGCAUCUUUCUGCCGACUCAUGCUCCACAUGCACGUUGACCGAGACCCCCAGGAGUCUGUGGUGCCUGUUCGUUAUGCCCGGCUCUGGACCGAAAUCCCCACAAAGAUCACCAUCCAUGAGUAUGACUCCAUCACAGACUCUUCCAGAAAUGACAUGAAGAGGAAGUUUGCCCUGACAAUGGAGUUUGUCGAAGAAUAUUUGAAAGAAGUUGUAAAUCAACCGUUUCCCUUUGGAGACAAAGAGAAAAAUAAACUGACAUUUGAGGUGGUCCACCUGGCUCGGAACCUGAUCUACUUCGGAUUCUACAGCUUCAGCGAGUUGUUGCGGCUGACAAGAACCCUGCUGGCCAUCCUGGACAUUGUCCAGGCCCCCAUGUCCUCGUAUUUUGAAAGAUUAAGCAAGUUUCAAGAUGGAAGCAACAAUGUCAUGAGGACCAUCCACGGGGUGGGAGAGAUGAUGACACAGAUGGUCCUCAGCAGAGGCUCCAUCUUUCCAGUGAGUGUGCCCGAUGCACAGCCCAGCGUCCACCCCAGCAAGCAGGCGAGCCCCGGCGAGCAGGAGGAUGUGACGGUGAUGGACACCAAGCUGAAGGUUAUCGAGAUUUUACAGUUCAUCCUGAGCGUCAGGCUGGACUACCGGAUCUCUUACAUGCUGUCCAUAUACAAGAAGGAAUUUGGGGAGAACAAUGACAACGGUGACCCCUCCGCCAGCGGCACCCCGGACACACUGCUACCGUCAGCUCUUGUCCCUGACAUCGACGAGAUUGCAGCUCAGGCAGAAACUAUGUUUGCUGGAAGAAAAGAAAAAACUCCAGUUCAGCUCGAUGAUGAAGGAGGCAGGACGUUCUUACGAGUCCUCAUCCACCUGAUCAUGCAUGACUACGCUCCGCUGCUGUCAGGAGCCCUGCAGCUGCUGUUCAAGCACUUCAGCCAGAGAGCAGAAGUGCUCCAGGCCUUUAAACAGGUGCAGUUACUGGUGUCGAACCAAGAUGUUGAUAACUACAAGCAGAUCAAGGCCGACCUCGACCAACUUCGGCUGACGGUGGAGAAAUCGGAACUGUGGGUGGAGAAGAGCGGCAACUAUGAGAACGGAGACAUGGGCGAGGGCCAGGCCAAAGGAGGCGAAGAGGCAAAUGAGGAAUCCAACCUCCUGAGCCCAGUGCAGGACGGCACGAAGACUCCUCAGAUCGACAGCAACAAGGGCAACAACUACCGGAUCGUCAAGGAGAUCUUGAUCAGGCUGAGUAAGCUCUGUGUGCAGAACAAGAAAUGUCGUAAUCAACACCAACGGUUGCUGAAAAACAUGGGGGCCCACUCUGUGGUGCUGGACCUUCUGCAGAUCCCCUACGAGAAGACCGACGAGAAGAUGAACGAGGUGAUGGACUUAGCCCACACCUUCCUGCAGAACUUCUGCCGCGGGAACCCGCAGAAUCAAGUUCUCCUUCACAAGCAUCUCAGUCUGUUCCUAACUCCUGGACUCCUCGAGGCAGAAACCAUGCGGCAUAUCUUCAUGAACAAUUAUCACCUGUGCAACGAGAUCAGCGAGAGGGUGGUCCAGCACUUCGUGCACUGCAUUGAGACACACGGCCGCCAUGUGGAGUACCUGAGGUUCCUGCAGACGAUCGUGAAAGCAGAUGGCAAAUAUGUGAAGAAAUGCCAGGACAUGGUGAUGACCGAGCUGAUCAAUGGGGGUGAAGAUGUGCUGAUAUUCUACAAUGACAGAGCGUCGUUUCCCAUCCUCCUCAACAUGAUGUGCUCCGAGAGAGCCCGUGGGGACGAGAGCGGGCCCCUGGCCUACCAUAUCACCCUUGUGGAGUUGCUGGCGGCGUGCACCGAGGGGAAGAACGUCUACACGGAAAUCAAGUGCAAUUCUCUCUUGCCUCUGGACGACAUAGUGAGGGUGGUGACACAUGAUGACUGCAUUCCUGAGGUUAAAAUCGCGUACGUGAACUUUGUCAACCAUUGUUACGUUGACACUGAAGUGGAGAUGAAGGAAAUCUAUACAAGUAACCACAUUUGGAAGUUAUUUGAGAAUUUCUUGGUGGAUAUGGCGAGGGUCUGUAACACCACCACAGACAGGAAACACGCAGACACCUUUCUGGAGAGGUGUGUGACAGAGUCAGUCAUGAACAUCGUGAGCGGCUUCUUCAACUCGCCAUUUUCGGAUAACAGUACCAGCCUCCAGACCCACCAGCCGGUCUUCAUCCAGCUGCUGCAAUCUGCCUUCAGAAUUUACAACUGCACCUGGCCCAACCCAGCCCAGAAAGCCUCGGUGGAAUCCUGUAUCAGAGCCCUGGCUGAAGUGGCCAAAAACCGUGGGAUUGCAAUCCCGGUCGAUUUGGACAGCCAGGUCAACACGCUGUUCAUGAAGAACCACUCAAGUACAGUGCAGAGAGCAGCCAUGGGCUGGAGACUCUCAGCUCGCUCUGGACCUCGCUUCAAGGAGGCUCUUGGAGGGCCAGCAUGGGAUUACAGAAAUAUUAUUGAAAAGUUACAGGAUGUCGUGGCCUCCCUGGAACAGCAGUUCAGCCCCAUGAUGCAGGCCGAGUUCUCCGUGCUUGUGGAUGUACUGUACAGUCCAGAGCUACUGUUCCCAGAGGGAAGCGAUGCCAGGAUAAGAUGUGGUGCCUUCAUGUCCAAGCUGAUCAAUCACACAAAGAAACUGAUGGAGAAAGAAGAAAAGCUGUGCAUUAAGAUUCUGCAGACGUUACGGGAGAUGCUGGAGAAGAAGGACAGCUUCAUGGAAGAGGGUAGCACAUUACGGAGAAUACUCCUGAAUCGGUACUUCAAGGGUGACCAUAGCAUUGGUGUGAACGGACCUCUGUCAGGAGCCUAUGCCAAGACAGCGCAAGUGGGAGGAGGCUUCUCUGGACAGGAUUCAGAUAAGACGGGGAUUUCUAUGUCCGAUAUCCAGUGUUUGCUGGACAAAGAAGGAGCAUCCGAACUUGUCAUUGACGUCAUUGUGAACACCAAAAACGACAGGAUCUUUUCCGAAGGCAUCUUGCUUGGCAUUGCCCUGCUGGAGGGAGGGAACACACAAAACCAGAGUUCUUUCUACCAGCAGUUGCAUGAACAAAAAAAGUCAGAGAAAUUCUUCAAAGUCCUUUAUGAUCGGAUGAAGGCUGCUCAGAAAGAGAUCAGAUCCACGGUGACUGUCAACACCAUAGACUUAGGGAGCAAGAAGAGAGACGAGGAGAGUGACCUCAUGGCCCUGGGCCCUCGGAUGAGAGUAAGAGACUCAUCGCUACAUUUGAAAGAGGGAAUGAAAGGGCAGUUAACGGAGGCCUCUUCUGCCACAUCCAAAGCAUAUUGUGUGUACAGAAGAGAAAUGGACCCAGAAAUAGACAUGAUGUGCCCGGGACAGGAAGUGGGAAGUGCAGAGGAAAAGUCUGCAGAGGAAGUUACCAUGAGUCCGGCCAUCACCAUCAUGAGGCCCAUCCUCAGGUUCCUGCAGUUACUGUGUGAGAAUCACAACCGGGAGCUUCAGAACUUCUUGAGGAACCAGAACAACAAAACAAACUACAACCUUGUCUGUGAAACGCUUCAGUUUCUGGACUGCAUCUGCGGAAGUACCACAGGGGGCCUAGGCCUGCUGGGGCUCUACAUCAAUGAGAAGAACGUAGCUCUGGUCAACCAGACUCUGGAGAGCUUGACCGAGUACUGCCAGGGCCCGUGCCAUGAGAACCAGACCUGCAUUGCCACUCAUGAAUCGAAUGGAAUUGAUAUCAUCAUCGCCUUGAUUCUUAAUGACAUCAACCCUCUGGGCAAGUACAGAAUGGACUUGGUGCUGCAGCUGAAGAACAAUGCCUCCAAGCUUCUGCUGGCCAUCACGGAGAGCAGACACGACAGCGAGAAUGCAGAGAGAAUUCUCUUCAACAUGAGACCCAAGGAACUGGUGGAUGUCAUGAAGAAUGCCUAUAACCAAGGCCUGGAAUGUGACCACGGGGGUGAGGACGGAGGGGAUGAUGGUGUUUCUCCAAAAGACGUUGGACACAACAUCUACAUUCUGGCCCAUCAGUUGGCCCGCCACAAUAAGCUGCUGCAGCAGAUGCUCAAGCCUGGAUCCGACCCCGAGGAAGGGGAUGAAGCCUUGAAGUAUUACGCCAACCACACCGCGCAGAUCGAGAUUGUGCGGCAUGACCGGACUAUGGAGCAGAUUGUUUUCCCCGUCCCCAAUAUCUGCGAAUUCCUCACUCGGGAAUCCAAGUACCGAGUGUUCAACACAACGGAGAGGGAUGAGCAAGGAAGCAAGGUGAACGACUUCUUCCAGCAAACGGAAGAUCUCUACAAUGAGAUGAAAUGGCAAAAGAAGAUCAGAAACAACCCCGCCCUGUUCUGGUUCUCCAGGCACAUCUCCCUCUGGGGGAGCAUCUCCUUCAACCUGGCUGUGUUCAUCAACCUGGCUGUGGCUCUCUUCUACCCAUUCGGGGAUGACGGUGAUGAAGGUACGCUGUCCCCACUGUUCUCAGCCCUCCUUUGGGUAGCAGUGGCAAUCUGCACAUCAAUGCUGUUCUUCUUUUCCAAGCCCGUGGGCAUACGGCCAUUUCUUGUGUCUGUCAUGCUCAGAUCAAUAUACACCAUCGGUCUGGGGCCAACGCUAAUACUUCUUGGUGCUGCCAAUCUAUGUAAUAAAAUCGUGUUCCUGGUGAGUUUUGUGGGAAACCGAGGCACGUUCACCAGAGGCUACCGAGCAGUCAUUCUGGACAUGGCCUUCCUCUACCACGUGGCCUAUGUCCUGGUCUGCAUGCUUGGCCUCUUCGUCCAUGAGUUCUUCUACAGCUUCCUGCUUUUUGAUUUGGUGUACAGAGAAGAGACCCUGCUGAACGUCAUCAAAAGCGUCACACGGAACGGCCGUUCCAUCAUCCUGACCGCGGUCUUGGCGCUUAUCCUUGUCUACCUGUUCUCCAUCAUCGGCUUCCUUUUCUUAAAAGAUGACUUCACCAUGGAGGUGGACAGACUGAAAAACAGAACUCCAGUCACAGGUAAUCACGAGGUUCCCACUAUGACCUUACCUUCCGUGACGGGAACCUGCCAGAAGGAAAACUGCUCACCCACGAUCCCCUCUCUGAACACAGCCGAUGAGGGAAGUGAGGACGGCAUCGAAAGGACCUGUGACACCCUGCUCAUGUGCAUUGUCACCGUGCUGAACCAGGGCCUCAGGAAUGGCGGCGGAGUUGGGGAUGUGCUGAGACGGCCCUCGAAGGAUGAGCCCUUGUUUGCUGCUCGUGUGGUCUACGACCUCCUGUUCUUCUUCAUUGUCAUCAUCAUCGUCCUUAACCUGAUCUUUGGUGUGAUCAUUGACACUUUUGCUGACCUCAGAAGUGAGAAGCAGAAGAAAGAAGAAAUUCUCAAGACAACCUGCUUCAUCUGUGGCCUGGAGAGGGACAAGUUUGAUAACAAGACAGUGUCCUUUGAGGAGCACAUCAAGUCAGAACACAACAUGUGGCAUUACUUGUACUUCAUCGUCCUGGUGAAGGUGAAGGACCCGACAGAAUACACAGGGCCUGAGAGCUACGUGGCUCAGAUGAUCAUGGAGAAGAAUUUGGACUGGUUUCCUCGGAUGCGAGCCAUGUCGCUCGUCAGCAAUGAAGGUGACAGUGAGCAAAAUGAGAUCCGGAACCUGCAGGAGAAGCUGGAGUCUACCAUGAGUCUGGUGAAGCAGCUGUCAGGGCAGCUGGCGGAGCUGAAGGAGCAGAUGACAGAACAAAGGAAAAACAAGCAAAGGCUGGGCUUCCUCGGAUCAAACACACCCCAUGUGAACCAUCACAUGCCACCGCACUGACACCACGGGGGCACGCCGUGACCAGCCUUUCAUCAGAUGCCUGCCUCACCACGGAGGGACGGAGAUGGAGGGGAGCGAACAGUGGCUAUUGUUGAAAAGCUAAAAACAACCAAGUGCCAAGAUGCUGAGCCAUUUAGCUCCCAGAACAAUCUGUAACUGUGUUUGCACGCUUGAGAAGAUUCAAGCUUAGGGGGAAAAAAAAGAAAAAA